AUGGCGCUGCAUACUCCCCAAGGAUCUGUCGUGAUUAUCGGCGCAGGCACCCAGGGUCGCCGCCUGGCCUAUAUGUGGUCCAGUCGCGGGGGCUCAGUAUACCUAGUCGACCUAAACCAGCAACAACUCGAAGAUGGACUAAAAUACGUCCAGCAACUCCGUACCGAAGCCACACAGCACUCUGGGAACUGGGGAGAUGUGCAUAUAUCCACGCCUAACUCGCUCGAGUCUAUACUACAGAGCGCAUGGCUCGUUGUUGAGUGCGUUCCAGAGAACCUAGCAUUGAAGCAGAAGAUUCUCUCGCAACUCGACACCCUCGCGCCCAGCAACACCAUCAUCGCCUCAAACUCCAGCAGCUACGGAAUUGGAGAAGUUAUUGAAGGCAUGGACCUUAAGUGCAGUAGCAGACUGCUCAGUGCGCACUGCUACUGGCCUCCAGAGACAUCAGCUAUCGAGUUAAUGGGCCAUGCGGAUACUGAUCCCACCCUGAUCGAUCUUCUCUUCGGCCAAUGUGAGAAGCACGGCUUCUCGCCAUUCCGCGUCCGCCAGAGCUCCAUCGGAUACAUCUACAACCGUAUCUGGGCGGCUAUUAAACGUGAAACAUUACUUGCGCUGUCCGAAGGAAUCUGCGACCCCGAGGAAAUCGAUGCUAUCUUCAAGGAUGUCCUGAAAACACCAAAAGGCCCGUGCGAACAGAUGGACGUCGUGGGUCUGGACGUUGUGCUUGAUAUCGAAAAGCACUAUGCCGACGCCCGCAGCGGCCUUCCCAGUGAGCCUCAGGAAUAUCUACACAAGAUGAUACAAGAUGGGAAAUUGGGUGUCAAGAGUGGGAGCGGGUUUUACGACUAUAAAGCCGAUCGCCACCAAGACUAA